ACUGUGGGAAGCCUGUAUGUGGUCUGGCCUGAGGAGCCCAGGGCUCUAAGGGGCUCCCUCUCAGGGACUGGGGCAGGUGGCACCCAGGACCCUCUAGCUGAGAUGGACAACCUGAAAGAUCUGAACACCACAGCAGAGGAAGUGCUGGGGAAACUGAAGAGCCACCAAUUGUUCCAGUGCAAGUGGGACAUCGCUGCCUUCAUUAUCUUCCUCAUCUUCCUGAGCACUGUGUUGUUCCUGCUGCUGCUUGUUUGGCUCCACUGCUGCUGCUGCCGCCACCCCUGCUCCUCUAGAUCCCAGAAGGCGAGUGCCAAGCAGGAGAACUCUGUGGGAGUGAGUAACUUGACUCUGGAACCUUAA